AUGUCGGGACAACAGCCAUUUCAAUCCCAUGGCUUCAAUACCUCCAUCGAUCUCGUGCGCAGACAGGCUUACAGCGUGCCUUCGUUGGCGGGUCACAAGCGCCCUCCAGAGUCCCUGUCAGGUGACCCGCCCUCCAAGACAUCCACCUCGGGCGUCAACCAUGGUUUAAACACCAUCUAUCAGCCAAAUCCCGGCUAUCAUCAGGCUUCCUCGACUUCUCGUCCAGUGGACUUUGUUCGUCCGUCAGUUAGUCGAUCACGGGGUCGUCUGGUAGCUAGUGAGAUCCGUCCUGUGACUGCUGCAGCGGAGGACCAACGCCGCAGCAUAGAGGAACAGGCUCCUCCAUCAUCAAGCCAGAAUCCACUCCUAUCUCUCAGAGACCCCCGAUAUGGUCUGCCCCCGUCAUUGGUCGCGAAUUUUGCGGCCCUGGGGGUCAGCAGUAUCUACGGAUGGCAGGCAUCCUGUCUAUUAGCCAGCGGGCUGCUGACGGGUGAACGCCACCUAGUCUAUACGGCACCCACAGGUGGUGGAAAAUCAUUGGUUGCCGAUGUUUUGAUGCUGAAACGCAUCAUUGAGAAUCCGUCUAAAAAGGCUAUCUUGGUGUUGCCUUAUGUUGCUUUAGUCCAGGAGAAGCUCAAGUGGCUGCGACGCAUUGUGCAGGACGUGGACAAAUAUAUUCUUGAUGAUCAGGAUUGGCAGAAGGAACAAAAGUCUAUUCGCGUUACUGGGUAUUUUGGUGGGAGCAGGACUACGGCUUCUUGGACGGAUACGGAUAUUGCUGUUUGCACAAUUGAAAAGGCCAACUCGUUGAUUAAUAGUGCCAUCGAAGAAUGCAGUAUUGGCGAUUUAGGCGUCGUUGUUCUGGACGAGCUGCAUAUGCUGGACGAUGAGCAUCGUGGUUAUCUUUUGGAACUCAUGGUCACCAAAAUACUAUUGCUCCAGCAGGAUAUCCAAAUCAUUGGAAUGAGUGCCACUCUUUCGAACACCGAACUGCUAGCAGAGUGGAUGAAUGCCAAAUUCUUCAUUUCAACCUAUCGACCCGUUCCGAUUGACGAGUAUUUAAUCUACGAAAAUGCUAUCUAUCCAGCAGCAACAUCUAGACAACUCUUCCAGACCAUUUCCAAACUAAGAUCCGCACCAACAGAAGCCCUGACAAACACUAUGCCUCCGCAUCGAAUGAUCGAGCGCUCCACGUUCCGGGAACUUUCCCACCCCAUGACGAACUCGAUGGUCGCUUUGGCUAUUCACACAGCCAUUGCUGGGUACGGCGCGUUGGUGUUUUGUGGCAAUCGCCAAGCUUGUCAGCUCCAUGCGGCUAUUAUGAGCGAGGCUAUGCCAGGAACUACUGACGUGGAUCCAGCCGAGUUGAGCAAACGGUUGGACUUGUUAGCUGAAUUACGCAGUCUGCCAAGUGGUCUCGAUCCGGUUCUUGAAACUACGCUCAUCAAGGGGGUUGGCUUUCAUCAUGCGGGAAUGACGACCGAAGAAAGAGAAUUCAUCGCUCAAGCUUACGAUCAAGGUGCCUUAAAAGUACUUGUCGCCACGUGCAGUCUCGCGGCUGGCGUCAACCUCCCAGCAAGAAGAGUUAUCAUAAAUGGUGCGCGAAUGGGCCGUGAGUUGGUCGGCCCUGCGAUGCUACGACAAAUGUGUGGACGCGCUGGACGCAAAGGAAAGGACGAAGCUGGAGAGACGUACCUUAUAUGUGGAAAAGCGGAUUUGGAAGCCGUGUGUGAUUUAUUAGAGGCUGAUAUGCCCGCCAUCGCCAGCUGUCUAGCUCCGGAGAAGCGGGGACUCAAGAGGGCACUUUUGGAAGCAGUAGCAACCGGACUGGCUUCUGGUUGCGAAGCAAUCAAGGAAUAUGUGAAAUGCACACUCCUCUGCCGGACAUUGGACAAGAAAAUCGCAUACAGCAUCAUGGAUUCCGCACUACGAGAACUAGUCGGCGAAGAACUUUUGCGCCUCACAGAUGACGAAUCGUACGAGGCAACACAGCUUGGACAAGCGGUUGUUGCAUCCGCAUUCGCCCCCGAAGAUGGCCUCUUCGUGUAUAAAGAGCUAAAGCGAGCACUGCAGGCUUUCGUCAUGGACGGUGAUAUGCACAUCUUCUACAUGUUUACUCCUCUGCAAGUAGCGGCAAGCACACAAAUCGAUUGGCAGAUAUUUCGGGAUCAAUUGGAUUUUCUUGACGAGAGUGGCUUGCGCGCGCUGCAAUUUGUCGGUGUUUCGCCGGGUUUUGUCAACACCAUGGUCCAAUCCGGCGCCACCUUAAAAGAAACCACUCCUGAGCAAAUUAACCUAGCCCGCAUCUACCGCCGCGCCUACACAGCCUUCCAACUGCGCGACCUUUCCAAUGAAGUCCCUCUCUCCACAAUCGCCAUCCGCUACCGCAUCCCCCGCGGCACAGUCCAAACCCUAGCCCAACAAUGCCAUGGCUUCGCCGCAGGCAUCGUCAAAUUCUGCCAAAGAAUGGAUUGGGGCAUGCUAGCGGCUGUUCUAGACCAUAUGCGUGAUCGACUGGAAGCAGAGGCACGUGCUGAUCUUUUGGAGAUGGCGCAGGUUACUUAUGUUAAGGGGUGGACGGCAAGGCUAUUACGGGAGAAUGGGUAUAAGGGUUUGAGGGCGUUGGCGGAGGCAGAUCCUAAAGAUCUUGUUCCGGUUUUGACGAUGGUAAACCCACGGAAAUCGCACAAAAGUCAACUGCAUCCGACAGAGGCAGAGCGGUAUUCUGCCAAGUUACUGGCUAAAGCGGAAAUUAUUGUUGCAUCGGCGAAUGAGAUUUGGGAACGUGAGAUGCAAGUUGACUUGGAGGAGUAG